AGUUGGCCCGGAGGCGGGGCCUGACGUGCGCCGCCGAGACUGCGCGAGGUGAGGGAUUCAGGACAGAAGACUAAGCACAUGGACUGGAAAUUGGAAGGGAGUGCUCGGAAAACAGACUCACGCGUGCUGCAGGAGCAAGAAGUCAUCCUAGAGGACACAGGUGAAGACAGCAUCUCUGAAAGCUUCCAGCUUCUACAGAUUGAUGUGGAAUGUGAGCAUCUGGAGGGAGACACACUACCCACAGGCAGUGCAAUGUGGUGCUCAAAAAAUGUCCAAAGAAAACAGAGACACUGGGAAAAGAUAGUUGCAGCAAAGAAGAGCAAAAGAAAGCAAGAAAAAGAAAGAAGAAAGGCCAAUCGUGUAGAAAAUUCAGGCAUCUGCCCCCAGCACAGCAAACGUUUUCUGAGAUCCUUAACCAAGGAGAGACUUUUGGAAGCCAAACACUCAGGACCAAGACUCUGUAUUGAUUUGAGUAUGACCCACCACAUGUCUAAGAAGGAGUUAAGUAGACUGGCUGGACAGAUCCGAAGGUUGUAUGGUUCAAAUAAAAAAGCUGACAGGCCAUUUUGGAUCUACCUCACUGGAUUCACAACAGACAGUCACCUGUAUGAAGAGUGUUUGAGGAUGAAUGAUGGAUUUUCUAGUUACCUGCUAGACAUAACAGAGGAAGACUGCUUUAGUUUAUUUCCUCUGGAAACCCUUGUGUACCUGACUCCUGAUUCAGAACAUGCUCUUGAAGAUGUUGAUCUAAACAAAGUUUACAUCCUUGGUGGACUUGUGGACGAAAGCAUCCAGAAGAAGGUGACAUUUCAAAAAGCCCAAGAGCACUCUGUCAAGACAGCCCGCUUGCCAAUCCAGGAAUACAUGGUCAGAUGCCAGAAUCGGAAAAACUAUCAUUCAGAGAUCUUGGCCAUCAAUCAAGUCUUUGAUAUCCUAUCUGCAUACUUUGAGACUCAAAACUGGCCUGAAGCAUUGAAGAAAGGAGUUUCUUCCAGAAAAGGCUACGUUCUUCAGAACUCAGUGGAGUGAUGGACAGACAGCCUAAGAAGUUGCAGGGGUGGGGAAGUUGCUGAAGGUGCCUUGACCAAAAAGCGGAGCAGAGGGUGGCGAUGGCACACACUUGCCUUUACUUGACAUCUUGGAUCUUCACUAGAAUAUAAGUUACUAAUAACAGGGACCACAUUUUACACUCUUUUCUAUCUCCGAGUGCCUGGCUCACAGGAAGAGCCCAGAUAUAUGACUAAGUAAAAAGUUUACAUAACCAGGAAUUAGCCCAAAACUACAUGGCUUUGGAUGUAUUAAUUCAUCUUUUAUGUACCUAUUUGUGAAAUACCUAUUCUUUAGAGAUAGCUUAAAUAAUUAAAUAAUUAUUAUUAUAUCGAGUUUAAUUUUCACUCAACUGGUAUCAUCAAGUUGUAGCACUUUCUCCAGCCUCCUCUGUUCAUGGUGAUUUUCCCCAACUCAGCGAUACACUCUAUGUGUUUUGCAGGAUCCUAACCUAGCCCUGCUUUAAGCCCCCAUAGCACUUUGCUCCCACUUGUAGCUCCCACCCGGUCUCUCCUGCUCUGAGUAUGGAGUGGAGGGUUUCUCUCUUCCUAAAGGUAGCCUCCUAACAGGACACUUUGUGGGAGUAUCUUUGUAUCUUUCUGAGCCUUGUGCAAACUAGUUUCUUCAUAUAUAUUUAUAAUCAACAGGCAGAAUUGAAGAGCAAAAAUACAGUAUUGGUAAGUCUAACUUAAAAAUAACCAGAAAACAAAAAAAGUAACCAGAAAAUA